AUGGCAUCCACCAAUGAACCUUUCUACCUGAGAUACUACUCCGGCCACUCAGGCCGGUUUGGCCACGAGUUUCUGGAAUUCGAUUUCCGUGUCGUCGGUGAUGGGCGUAGUGCAGUGGCCCGCUACGCUAACAACUCCAACUACCGCAAUGACAGUCUCAUUCGCAAGGAGAUGUGCGUCAGCUCCCUUGUUAUCGACGAGAUUAAGCGCAUCAUCAAGACUAGCGAGAUCCUCAAGGAAGACGACGGCAAGUGGCCGCAGAAGAAUAAGGAUGGCAGGCAGGAACUGGAGAUAAAGGUAGGCGGGGAGCACAUCAGCUUCGAGACGGCCAAGAUCGGAUCUCUGGUCGAUGUCACGGAGUCGGCCGAUCCUGAGGGGCUCCGCGUCUUCUACUAUCUAGUGCAGGACCUGAAGGCGUUGGUAUUCAGCCUCAUCUCGCUGCACUUCAAGAUCAAGCCUAUCUAAGCAGUGGAGGAGAGACUUGGGCCGCCAGCAAGAAAGAAGGCGCACCACUGGGCUGGGGAACACGAUGAUACCCUUUUCUGUUUCGCAUAAUUUGAGACUAUAGCCGGAGUUGCAGGUCAAGAGGUCCCAUGGCGAGGAGCGCACAUGUUCGUGCACCAAAGGCUUCGCAUCGCUACAGCAGUACGCUGUUGUGAGGGACCUGAAGAGAGUAUAGCAGGACCGUGUAUAGAGAAAGCUGGUACUGACCUGCUGUUGCGGUCGUGGCAGGUAGGCCUGGAAAGACGGCCGAGAGACCAAGGUGGCAAGAAGGCAGCAGCACUGAGAUAUCCGAUGGGGGCAAUAGUCUAUGAAGAGGUCUGGCUCCUCGUCCCUGUGGGCCCAUACUGUGCGCCAGACACUUCGCGUUCGGUUUCAUCAAUAGCCAAACCAAGUGUCCAG